AUGCUAUAGUUAUUGUAGCCAGGCUAGUUUAAUUUACAUGUUACAGAUAAAAAUUCAGUGUUUAGUCAAAGAUAAAAAGAUCUUUAUCACUAACCUUAUGUUUUGAAACUAAAAAAUAAACCAAUUUAAUUAGAUUAAUCCAUAUAAGGAAAAGAAUUUUUAACAGAUAGUUAUCUCUCAUAAACUAGUGAGUAAGAAUAUAAGAAAUAUCAAGACAUACCGAAAAUUAUCUAUUAAAAUAGAAAUUAGGUGAAUUAGAAAAUUAAAGUCUAAAAUAGCAGAAUAAAUAUUUGAGUCGAGAAUUAAAAUAAAAAUAGAAAGAAAUAUUUUAAUUAAUAAAAAUUUGCCAAAAUCAGCAUCUGCCUCAAGUUAACAAACAUAAAUUAACUUCUUUUUUGGAAUAAGAAUUUUCAGAAUAUUAGCCUUCCGCAGGAACUCUAAAUCAAAUUGGAAAUGAGACAAAAAGAGCUUAAUCCUAUGAUUAUUAGUACUCUACAAAAAAUGACAAUUAAUCUGACAACUAUUCUUAUAAGCACACAAAUAGAAGUUAUAGACCAAGUAGAAUUCAAUCAAGGAAUUCAAAAGAAUUUUCUUAUAUCCAAGAAGAUUCUUCAAACUUUCAAUUGCCUAAUUUAUAAAUGAGAACGACUUCAAGAGAAUAGUAAAUUUCAUAUAGAAGAAAAAGAUAUUAGAAAAAUACUUCUCGCUUAAGAGUUUAUUUGUUAUUUAUUUUAGCAUAUGUUCGAUGGUCUAAGAAUUAUAAGUACUAUUUAUAUCUUAUUAUUAAGAUAAUAGAGAAAUCAAAAAGUUUAACAAUUAAAAUUUAUUCGAUACAAGUAUAAAAAGGGGCUUGAAAAUAUUGCCAAUUAAGAUGUAUUGACUUGUAAAGUUAUUAUUAAAUAAUGGAUUUCUAAUAUCACAGACCCAUUAAUUAAAUCUUUUUCCAAUAAUUAAUUUAUACAAGAAGCGAAAGAAAAUUCAAAAGAGCCCAAUAGUGCUAAUUCAAUUAAUGCAAGAUAAAAUUAAUUGAUUUAAUUAACAAAUUCAAUUUUAACUAAUAUGGAAAAAUUUACAGAGAAGGAUAAUAUACCAGAAUUAAUUUAAACUACUUUAUUUUUAUCUUUGUUUAAAAGUUAAAAUACUAAAGCUUCUUUAUUUUUAGCUAAAAGGACUAAAUUCUACACUAAAAAUACCUUAAAAAUUGGAAAUUAUUAAGAGAAAAUGAUAAUAGGUGAAUAUUUCAUUUUCAGAUUAUUUGCUAUUCAAUUGAUUGAAAUCUCAAAUAAUUUAGUUUAUCAAAAUAUGAGUCAUAAAAUGCUUAGUAAAUUUAUCAUUCUAGCAAUUAUGGGAAUAUUAUAAAUUUUAUUUUAAGAUUACUUUUCUGAAUUAAAACAAUUAGAUGAACCUUCAACUGAACUUUUUUAAAGAAGAAUAAAGAUAAGCAAAUCUUAAGAUAUCACAAUCAUUACUGAUGAUAAUAUCGAUAAAGAAGAAUCUCUUAUAUUUGGACUGCAUGAUAGAUAAAAUUUUGAAAAUAUUAUGGAAAAAAACUAGGAAUGGCUCUAAGAAAUUUGUGUUAAAUUUGUUAAAAUUUUAAAUAAUCUGCAUUCAAUUUUAUGA